UGGGCGGGUUCCCUUCCAUCCUGCAAGAUUCCUUCCCUGCCGCUCACAAAGCCAGGAGUCCCUUAAAGCCUGCCCCUCCCAGCAGACGCAGAGGCGCGCGGGUGCGGGUUCGGCUACAGGCUGGGCUUCCUUCUGGGGGCAGCUGGAGCAUGAGUGGGGAGGGGUCCUGAGAGCCCCAGGUCCUGCCGGAGCCGGGCCGAGAGGGAGCGGGGCCUGAGUGCACAGGGACGCGGCCCCAGGCCCGGCACGUGGAAAGCUGCGCGGGGGAUGCGGGGCGCGCGCGGCGAGCACUCCGCCUGCACUCCGGAGCGAGCCGGGGCGCGCCCUGCGGUCUGCGAGCGCCCGUAGCAGCCCGCGCCCCCAGCGCGCCCGCAUCCACGCCUAGCGCACCAGCUCCCUGCGGAGCUGUGCGCUGCCCGCACGGAUGCGCAGCCCUAGCCUUCCGCUCCAGCCUCCCGACUGCAGGGAUCUGGCUUCUUGAUCCAGCGGGGUUGCCGCCCGGGAACCUCUGCCAGGCGCCGCGCGCUCCAGCUGCUGGGACAACUUCAAGACUGGCCGUGGACUUCUCGGGGUGCCCGGGACGCAGUCCGCCUUGCACCGCAGCCACGCCUGUCACUUGCUUGACUUGAGCUCUGACUGCACCCCCAGGAAGGGGGGGGAAGGGCAGGAGAGGUUAAAAGCCGAGCAGACAGCCCCCCCCACACACCUCAACUGCUACCCUGUGUGACCGCCUGUGUCUUGGGGUUCUGAGAGGGACCGUGCGCGCCGGGGGAAGCAAUGCAAGUCUCCAUAGCCUGCACAGAGCACAAUCUGAAGAGUAGGAAUGGCGAGGACCGACUUCUGAGCAAGCAGAGCUCCACCGCCCCCAAUGUGGUGAACGCAGCCCGGGCCAAAUUCCGUACGGUAGCGAUCAUCGCCCGCAGCCUGGGCACCUUCACCCCCCAGCACCACAUUUCUCUCAAGGAGUCUACUGCGAAGCAGACUGGCAUGAAAUAUAGGAAUCUUGGAAAAUCAGGACUCAGAGUUUCUUGCUUGGGUCUUGGAACAUGGGUGACAUUUGGAGGUCAAAUUUCAGAUGAGGUAGCUGAGCGGCUGAUGACCAUUGCCUACGAAAGUGGAGUCAACCUCUUUGACACCGCUGAGGUCUACGCUGCUGGGAAGGCUGAAGUGAUUCUGGGAAGCAUCAUCAAGAAGAAAGGCUGGAGGAGGUCCAGUCUGGUCAUAACAACCAAACUCUACUGGGGUGGAAAAGCUGAAACGGAAAGAGGGUUGUCAAGAAAACAUAUUAUUGAAGGACUGAAAGGCUCCCUCCAGAGGCUGCAGCUGGAGUAUGUGGAUGUGGUGUUUGCAAACCGACCAGACAGCAACACUCCCAUGGAAGAAAUUGUUCGUGCCAUGACGCAUGUGAUCAACCAGGGCAUGGCCAUGUACUGGGGAACCUCUCGGUGGAGCGCCAUGGAGAUCAUGGAAGCCUAUUCUGUGGCAAGACAGUUCAACAUGAUCCCCCCAGUGUGUGAGCAAGCUGAGUACCAUCUUUUUCAGAGAGAGAAAGUGGAGGUUCAGCUACCAGAGCUCUACCAUAAAAUAGGAGUUGGAGCGAUGACAUGGUCUCCACUUGCUUGUGGAAUCAUCUCAGGAAAAUAUGGAAGCGGGGUGCCUGAGAGUUCCAGAGCUUCACUGAAGUGUUACCAGUGGUUGAAGGAGCGAAUUGUAAGUGAAGAAGGAAGAAAACAGCAAAACAAGCUCAAAGACCUUUCCCCCAUUGCAGAGCGGCUGGGAUGCACCCUGCCUCAGCUGGCCGUGGCCUGGUGCCUGAGGAAUGAAGGGGUGAGCUCCGUGCUCCUGGGAUCCUCUACUCCUGAACAGCUCAUUGAAAACCUCGGUGCCAUCCAGGUUCUCCCCAAGAUGACGGCCCACGUGGUGAGCGAGAUUGAUAAUAUCCUGCGCAACAAGCCCUACAGCAAAAAGGACUACAGAUCCUAAGGCGGUGCAUGAAUCCUGCUGGAGCUGCAUGGUUAACACAGCGGUCUGUACCGGCACAGAACGGUGUCGCUAGCCAGCCAGUCCUUUUGAGUCACUUAGCAGCCAACUGCUCAAGCUCUAGCAUCCCCGGAUUCUGAGGCGUCUGCUGUUGCUACCACUGUGCACCUGACGGACAAGCACAUCUGGAAACUCACAGCCAGGACAAUCCAUUCUAUCUCCUUACCUUGGACAGGAGCCGGCUGUUCUUGCAUCACUGUACACCUCAUGCUUGCACGACGAAGGGUACGUGGGGGUGAAGAUGCAGUACCGUCAGGCAUUUUAAAACUUAAAAGAGGGCUGUAUAGAUCUAUUUUUUUUUCCAAAUGAAUAAAUUCCACAGGUGACACUGUAGGUCAUACCAGAGAGCACGGUAUCUUCACUGAGAAGUCUUUGCUUAGAGAACAAGUGCAAACACAUUUUUUUUCUACUUUCUCAUUCAUGUUAGCAAGAGUUGUCCCACUUGUUAUUUAACAAAACUGUAGUUCCUAGAUGUUUGCUUUCAUUGCCUUUUGAAUAGUCACUGUAGCUUAUCGCAGGCCCUGUAGAACUUACCCAGGCUAUCUGUUAGGAUUCUAGCACUGCUGCGUCGGCUCACAUGAAGAGGGCACGUGAGGAUGAGCGCCCCAGUCUGAACUGGAGAGACUGGCUAAAUGAUGAGCGGGAGGGUCACACUGCUGUGGAAAUGUGCUCUAUCUUCGAGAAAAGGUUCUUUUUUUUUUUUUUUUUUUUUUUACUACAUUCAAACCUGCUCUGUACUUUCAACUGCUUGUAGGCACAACUUCUUAAGUUUAAAUAUUUGAGCUUUAAAACUAAAUAUACAUGCACUCAGUUUUGUAAGUAAGGCCUGUACCACACCCAGAAAGGCAAAUGUCUGUUGUUUAAUUAGCUCUAGGGUUUUCCAGUACCGCGCCUGAUAUUUCUGAGGAAUCAUCAACAUGAAAGGGAAGGAAUCAUAAGCUUGGUGAAAACUGCUGUAACUAUUCAGCAUAGGCUGGGUGAAUUAACUUGCCCGAGGAAAAACAAAUGCUACAGAAUCACCAGACUCUAUAACCCUAUUCUGUGCACUAAACUGUAUGCAUGAGAGCUCACUGCAUGGAUACCCUGGGCCUGUCCUUUACACACUCAGAAGCGAAGGUCUAGCUAGCCCUGCCACAGCCGGGUAUCAAGCCCACAAAUCUACCACUAACUCCACUUGAAAAAACUGUGACGCUAUUCUUCCUGUAAGAAGGCACACACAUUUUUUUUCCCCCUUUUUGGUAGGGUGGAGAUAAUAUGUAGGAGGAAGGAGACAGGUGGCCCUCCAUCUCUGCUCUAACAAGAUUCUAAUUUACAGAAUUCUUAUUUUCUGGUCAGUAGGUCCACAUUCAGAAAUCACUUUGUGACUUACAAGAAAUACACUACCCGCUUAAAAUUUUCAGACAUUACUUCUAGAUGUGUUAUUUCAUGGUUACUUACAUUCUUACAAAGUCUUCAAGUGUUAGUGUGAAAUAUCAGUUUUCUUUUCGAUUACUAUUACCUGUAUCCUAAUAGUGAAGUUUGGGCUUUUGCCCAAGAGUAUUACUAGUAAUGGAAAUGGAACAUUUUUGGGUUUGUUCAUUAUGUACUCAAUCAAUCCAGUGAACUAUGUGUGUAUAAAUGAGCUGAGGUUGUGUAAAUGGAACUCUCAUGUAAGUUCUUUGCUUAGUGUAAUAAAAGCUUUCGGUGCAUUUAACCUGA